UGAGGGGUUUACCGCGAAACUGGGUUUUGGCGCGAAGGAUUGGUUUCUGGCGUCUCUCUCCGGCGCGCCGACGAGGUAGUGUGAGACUGCGACUGAGUUGUUUCGUCCUUCAGAAAUCAUUGUAAGAAAACGAUGUCAGAAGAGAUUCAAGAAAUCCACAGUUUAAUUUCUUCAGACGACAAGUUCAACAAAUCCUCAGGCUAUUCAUCCCUCUUGCAAUUUCAGCAACAUUCUUGCGUCAACGCUUCUUCGCUUCAAUUCCUCGCUCACUCCGCCCAAUCCAUAAUCUCCUCCAUUGUUUCCGACAUCGUCGACGACCACGACGAAGAAAUUGCAACUCAAGCGUUGAAGUGUUUGGGGUUCAUGCUUUAUCAUCCAUCCAUUGUUUGCGUCCUUCGAGUGGAUGAUGCCAAUUUGGUUCUGACUACAUUGCCCAAACUUAUUACAACCACAAAAUUAAAGUCUGCUUGUAAUUUAGGGGUAUGGUGCUUGUCUGUCCAACAGUUGGGUGCAACAUUUCUUGUUACUCACUUUCACUAUUUGUUACGGGCAAUUGUUCAUGCCCUAGACAAUCCCAUGGGUUCUUUGUCCACAACAUUUGAAGCUACACAGGCUGUAAUGAAGCUAUCAGGUCAAUUAAGCGAGCAAAUGAAAGGCUCAUCCCAUAUAUGGGCUCCCCCAAUAUACAGAAGACUUCUCAGCACAGAUAAAAGGGAGAGGGAUGCCUCAGAAAGGUGUCUGUUGAAGAUCAGAUCCACAGUCAUUCCUCCUUCUCUGGAUCUUUCUAAGGUUAUUAUCAAAGAUAUGAAGAUAAAAUUGCUCAGUGGGAUGAAGGUUUUGCUAGAAAAUGGUAUGAAGACGCAAGCUAUUUGUGCAUGGGGAUGGUUUGUCCGAAUGCUUGGAUCCCAUGCUUUAAUAAAGAGUAGGCAUCUCGUUAAUGAUAUGCUAAAAAUUCCUGAACGCACAUUUACAGAUCUUGACCCUCAAGUUCAAAUUGCUACGCUGGUUGCUUGGGAAGGUCUUACUGAUGCUCUUGUUCAUGGUCCAAUAUUGGUUUCCAAGAAAAACGCAUCAGCAGAGGAGGAUUCUCUAUCAGGAAGGAAAAAUUGUGAUGAUCAAGCAAAUGGCUUUUCCAAAAGCAUAAAGCUAAUAAUGACGCCACUUAUUGGCAUCAUGUCCAGUAAAUGUGAUAUAUCAGUUCAUUCAUCCUGCUUAAACACAUGGUGUUAUUUGCUACAUAAGCUUGAUAUCUCUGUCAAUGAACCAUCAAUGAUAAAAAUAGUUUUAGAGCCUAUACUUAAAUUAAUAUUUCAGAAUGAACCUGAUAGCAAGAACAUCUGCUUAUGGAGCCUGGGCCUCGAUCUGCUCACUGAUAGUAUUUCACAGAAGAGUGGGGAGGUCCUCUACCGGUCAACUGACCGGGUAAGCCACAGAAACUCUGAAAACGGACAUUCUCAGUCUGGAAAAUGCUCUUGGAAGCAACACCAAAUUACAUGGAUGCCCUGGAAUAUCGAUAAAUUGGACUUUUAUCUGAGUACGAUUUUUCAUGUGGUCCAUCAAGCAUCUCUGCCAACUGUCACUUAUGAUCAUAGAAGUCAUGUUUAUGAUGCUGCUCUGAAGUUAUUUAUACAUACUCUGAAAGGAGUCAAACUGCAUGUUGAAAGUCCAUCUACUAAUUAUGGAGGUAUUAUGCAGUGCUUGACCUCAUUAAUAACAUUCAUCAAGAAAGUAUGUGAAGAUUUGUGCUCGGAUGUUGGAGAAAAUUAUGAUGUUUAUUGUACUUCCGUUCAGGUCAUAGAUGCUAUCACAAAGGAGUUAGGUCCUUCUAUCUUGGGAUCUCCUCUGUACAGAAUUUCUUUAGAUCUGAAGUACAUUGAAGACAUGCAAUCAGUUGAUCAUAAUAAACAUCUAAAAUUUCUCAGUGUCGGUUGUGUUUCUCAUAUGGAUAAGGUUUCUCCAUUGGUUUAUUUGACAGCACUGUACUUCUACAUGAUGGUUCAGUUAACCAUGAAAUCCCAUCAAACAGAUCACGUAUCACAAAGGAUGUGUGAAUAUUUCAAAUUUAUGUUUUCUUCAAAUGAUCCCCUGGAAGAUCUCCUCACCAGCAUUAGUUUCUUGUAUAGACACGUUCAACCAAUUUACUUAAACAUAUGGGUAGCAUUAGCUCAAGGUCUAAACUACUGUGUAUCUGAUCCAAACUGCAAGUCAUUACAGGAAGCCAUGUCUGACAGCACUGUAUAUUCUUCCAUAUGCCAUCUUUUAAUUUAUCCCAUCCUGGCACUUUCUGAAGUUCCAAGAAUGACCGUGACAGCUAGUGGCUCUUUGGACAAAUAUCCUGUAUCACCAGAAAGAAAGCCGAGAUUUGAACUGGUUAUUCAAACAUGGAAAGCACUUCAUGGAUCUCUUUGUACUUUGUUCACUGGAUGUUCAUCAACCACCAAUUUCUCGGGGGACCUGUGCUUGUUGUUAAGCAGCUACCUUGAUGAAAAUAGUGGCAUGGUUGAGAGCGGUGCUGAUUUUGAUUUAACAAGCAAUGAUGUGGAUCUUGGUUUCCUUCAUUUAUCUGGCAAUUUCUUGAUUUGCAUUCUAGAACAGAUUCAGACUUUGGAAUUAGUUUCUGAAUUGGACAAAAGUAAAUUUGACCGUGAUAGGAAAAUAUUGUUCUGUAUAACGAACUGCUUAAAAUUUGUUACCAAGUAUAUGAAUUUAUUGAGAAUAAAAAUGGUGCGAGACCCAGUGCCUGAACUGCCUGGAUUUGUUGGCACCUCAAGGCUAUAUUCUGCGUUGGCAUGCUUUAUUAGUUGCCUUCACUGGAAGCAAGAUAUUCUUCAAUUUCUAAAGAUUGUUUCCUUCCCGCUGCUUGAAUGGCUAUCAAAUAUGGGAACGCAGGAUGAUAAAGCAAACAACCAACUCCAACUUCUAUGGACCGAAAUUCUAAGCUGCUUAAGAAGAAGUCAACCUCCUAUAAACUUUGGUUCCGCUUUUCUCAAACUACAUGAACCUCUAUUUGAGAAAACUCUCAAUCACCCAUACCCCUCUAUUUCAGAACCAACCAUCAACUUUUGGAAUUCUACAUUUGGUCAGCAAAUUAUUUUGGAUUUCCCCUCCAGUCUUCUUUGUGUCCUGGACAGGCUAUCCAGAAAUGGAAGAUUAAAGCUCCAGAAGAGAAGCCUACCAUGUCUUCAGAAAUGUCAAUCUCCCGAGGAAGCCAAUGAUGCUCCACAGGGAUAUAGGGUCUCUGCCAAACAUAACAGCACUUCUAAGAGGGUGGAACUAGUGUUGGAUAAACUACAAGAGACACCUCCUUUAAGUCGUAAAAAGAGGAGGCUAGAACUGACUGAGCAUCAAAAGGAAGUUAGGCGUGCACAGCAAGGAAGGGAGAGGGAUACUGGAGGACAUGGCCCAGGAAUUAGAACUUACACUAGUGCUGACUUUACACAAGGUAACGAUGAUUCGCAAGAAAGCAUUGAGGAGAUAAUAAGAGAUCCUGAAGCUAUAUUGCAGAUGCUGAUAAAAACUAUCUGACUUGCUUUGAAUGCUGCUUAUAAAUUGUAUUAUAUUUAUGGGAGCCUGAAUUAUCAGCUGAAAUCUAUUUUAACC